AUGGAUCCCGGCAAUGCCUCAACCGCCCUGACCUCCACGGCGGCAGGGUCCUCUGGGUCCUCCGGGUCUGAAAAGCCAGGCCUGGGGCCGCGGCGCCACCUGCCGGUGCUGCGCAUGGUGCUGGAGGCACUGCGCGCAGGGGAGCAGCAACAGGGCACGUCGGUGGCCGCCAUCAAGCUCUACGUGCUGCACAAGUACCCAACAGUGGACACUGGCCGCUUCAGGCACCUGCUCAAGCAGGCGCUGGCCUCCGGCGUGCACCAGGGCCUCCUCGUCAGGUCCGCCAACUCCAAGGCCAGGGGCGCCACUGUCAGCUUCAAGUUAGUUCCCAAACACAAGAGGGCAAUCCAGUCCAGGAAGAAGCCUACCCCGAUGGCCCCCAGGAGAGCCGGUGAGGCCAAAGAGAAGGCUCCCAAGAAACCAAGAGCUGCUGAGGCCCACGGGAAAACCAAGGCUGGCAGCAAGAGUUCAAAGCCCACAGCCAGCAAGGUCAAGAAUGGUGCUGCUUCCCCAACCAAAAAGAAGAUGGGGGCCCAGGCCCUGGCCCCUAAAGGGGCAGCUGCCCUGGGGGCCGAGGAGGGGCCAAAAGCCAGGGGAGCUGCUCCUGCUAAGGGCAGUGAGGCCAAGGUGGCGCCUGCACAGCUGGCCAGGAAGACAGAGGCCCCCAAGGGCUGGAGAAGGCCUGGGCUGCCCACGAAGGCCUUGUCAUCCAAGGUGUCCAGCAAGAAGGCCAAAGCUGAGAUCUAG